AUGUCGCUAUUUCAAAUGAAGUUGCAAAGGAUCUGGCGAGUGUCAAAGUCGGAGACGGAGAAGACCGACCGGGAAGUAGCAAGUUCCUUCAAAGCUCUUGAGCUUUCGAACCCUCCCGCUUUGGAUUCGAAGCCAUGCAUUUCAACGUCGACCAAGACGGUGGAGUUGGAUGAGCAUGCCCGCGAUUCUGGAUACGGCUCAGCCACCAGCACACCCAAUCCCAAAGAUACAGCGAUCCCGUUGCGCAAGCCAGGCCAGAUCCCACUUAUCCAGCAAAUGGGUCUCUGUAUUUCCAACAAAGCAAUGGAGCCCAAGGCGAAGCGCCGAUUCCUCGAGGUGCAGUUGGAAAUUGAGAAAAUGCUUCUCGAGUUCAUGCGCAAGCUCAAAUCAGGCCCAGGGAUGUACAAACCGAUCGCGAUCCGACCAAUGAUGCUGGGGAAGACAGAUUCCGAUGCCGACGCGAAGUCCUACAUGGUAGUCAUCUGUUCGGAGAACAUUAAACGCAAAGUUCAAGACUUUUUCGACGAGCCUUUGGUCAAGUCUCUGUGCGAACCCGGCGGCGACGACGAGCCUUCAUUCAAGGUUUUGGUGAUUGGACACGCACUGAGACUGAGGGCAUCAGCUUCUGAUAUAUCAGUCCAGAGUGUCCCUAUGCACAGUUUCUACGAUGCUAAAAGGACGUUUUGUGGCAUGCCUAUCCGUCUGUGUGAUGAGCGCGGAUAUUCGAGGAAAGCGACUUUUGGCGGCAUGGUCAAGGUUAUAUCCACCGACGGAGAGCAUCAGCUCUACGGACUCACUGCUGGUCACAUUAUCAGAGAUGGCCAAAUCACGACAGAAGUAGACGAUACGAUUAUGGAUACUUGGGACGGCAGUAGUCUGGUGGAUCUGGAUCUCAGCCAAGCAAAUCACACCAGAACGGGAUCUCCAGCAGUGAGCGACGACAACGAUCAGAACGGCCUAGAUGACUGGUGUCUGCGUAAUCAACAACAUCUCGGAAAAGUUCUGAAUACGGGUAGGAGAGAAACUCUGGUAGAUGAAGAUCAAAGCCAGAGGAAGCCUUUCCUUGAUUGGGCACUCUUCGGACUGAAUGUCCACAGACCGAACCAACUUGCUUACCAUGGUCGAGAGCAUUCCCAAGGCGACCUACACCUUCCAUUUUCAAUAAUAGAUCCAAGGAAAUCCGGGAUCCCUGUAACCAUGCUUUGUGCUUCUCAGGGAGCCAAACGCGGGAUGCUUUCCACUACACGCGCACGAGUUCUGCUUGACCCUGGGGCCAGCUUCACCGACGUUUACACUCUAUCACUAGAAGGCAGCGAGAUCAGCGACGGUGACUCCCGCUCCUGGGUCGUCGACGAGCUGCGUCUUGAAGUCUACGGCCACGUCGUUGCAGAUGAUGUCUUCGGAGAUGUUUAUGCCAUACCAAUGAUCAGUUGA